GAUCCAUUAAGAAUGGCCCAAAGAAUAGUAAGAUGAAAAAAAAAUAAUCCCUUCCGGCGAGAAGAGUGAGAAAACUGUGUCCGUGAGAAAGAAACACGAACCGAUCGAAAAUGUUUCUCCGUGCGGUGGCGCGGCCGUUAAUGGCGAAGAUAAAGCAAACAACAGGGAUCGUAGGGCUCGACGUUGUUCCAAACGCGAGGGAGGUGUUAAUCGGACUCUACGGUAAGACACUGAACGAGAUCCAGAAGGUUCCAGAAGACGAAGGGUAUCGUAAAGCUGUUGAAAGCUUUACCAAUCACAGGCUUAAGGUUUGUCAAGAAGAAGAUGAUUGGGAGAAAAUUGAGACUCGUCUUGGUUGUGGACAGGUUGAAGAACUCAUCGAAGAGGCUCAAGAUGAACUCAAACUCAUUGGCUAUAUGAUUGAAUGGGAUCCUUGGGGUAUCCCUGAUGAUCACGAAAUUGAGAUGGUUGAAAAUGAUGCACCGAUUCCGAAGCACGUUCCUCAACACCGACCUCUUCCUCUCCCUAAGGAGUUUCAAGAAACCUUAGAAGCACUUAUGUCUCAACCAGGGAAAACAGAAAAGCUAGAGGCACUUGUCUCUAAAUCAGUAAAAGAUAAUGCUGCUGCCAACUCUAGUGAAGAAUCCUCAAAGCCAUGAACUUCAGCUAAAUUAUAACUUUGAAUUCUCCAUUUGAAUGUGCUUUUCCUUUUUGUUUGUAUUGAGUAGUUUCAGAUUCAACAGUCUUUCAGGGGCAAAUCCUGUGCUCCAAAACAACUUCCAUAGCUUGAAAUAACAAGAAAUAACAUGGUGCUCUGAAUGUAUGCAUGAAA